AUGCAAGAGACCAGCAGGUAAGCUGAAUAUUACUUUUGUGCUUUUGCUUGCUCACCAUCUCCAUUUCAGCAAUGAGCUAGCCCAAGGACUAACAAAGCUUCCAGUCGUCUCCGUCGUCACAGACGACGACGCUUCCGUGGAGAACAGCGGGACACGGCCCACUUUACGGCCCUGGCUGUCCUCGGUUGCGCACGUCGCCAACAUCGGCGCUGGUUCUAUGACAAUGACGUCACCAUCAGCAACCUGCUCGCCGAGAAGAAUUGCCUGCAGAAAGCCUACGUCAACCACCCUACCAACGACAACAGAGCAUCCUUCUACCGUAGUUGCCGCCUUGUGCAACAGCAACUGCAGCACACCUGGGCCGCUCUCAAGACCGGAGAGAUCCAGGAAUACGCAGACCGCGACUAA